CGGAAGCGUCGGGCGAAAAGGGAGAGGAGAGGGUGUGUGUGUGUGUUUUUUGUUUUUUUUUGCCGUGGUUCGGCCCGAAAGGAAGACAAUUUGGGCGCCGAGGCGGUGAAAGCUGCAGUAACUCAAGAAGAAAGUCCCAAUGGCAGAACUAUCGGCACAUUUUUCACAGGUCCCGCGUGGGCAACUGAGAGAAAACGCUCCGGACAAUCAGCUGACCAAUACUAAUGUCAACAACGAAAGACGACAACAGGAGAGCGGUGACCGGAGAUCUAAUAAUCCUACUCCAGCAACUAAUGGACAGCCGCAGCAAAGGCCUCGACAAGUGGUGGAGCAAGAUGAGGAGGAAGAGGAAGAGCUGACGCUGAAAUAUGGGGCCAAGCAUGUGAUCAUGCUCUUUGUGCCUGUCACAUUAUGUAUGGUAGUUGUGGUUGCGACUAUCAAGUCUGUCAGUUUCUAUACACGCAAGGAUGGGCAGCUAAUCUAUACUCCAUUUACAGAAGAUACAGAAACUGUUGGACAAAGAGCUCUGAAUUCUGUACUCAAUGCUGCCAUCAUGAUUAGUGUCAUUGUUGUCAUGACAGUACUCCUGGUUGUGCUUUAUAAAUAUAGGUGCUAUAAGGUGAUCCACGGUUGGCUCAUUGUUUCUUCUCUCUUUUUGCUUUUCUUUUUCUCAUUUAUUUACUUAGGGGAAGUUUUUAAGACUUAUAAUGUUGCCAUGGAUUACAUUACUGUGGCACUCAUGAUUUGGAACUUCGGGGUGGUCGGAAUGAUCUGCGUUCACUGGAAAGGCCCCCUCCGUCUUCAACAAGCCUACCUCAUUAUGAUAAGUGCUCUAAUGGCCUUGGUGUUUAUAAAGUAUCUUCCUGAAUGGACUGCUUGGCUCAUCUUGGCAGUAAUCUCGGUGUAUGAUCUGAUUGCAGUAUUGUCUCCCAAAGGGCCUCUACGUAUGCUAGUAGAAACAGCUCAAGAAAGAAAUGAAACUUUGUUCCCAGCACUCAUUUAUUCAUCAACAAUGAUAUGGCUAGUAAAUAUGGCUGAACAAGAUCCUGAAGCCCAGAAGGGAGCUUCUAAAAAUGCCACUUACAAUCAGCAAGUUACAGUGAAUCAAAACCAGAAUGCAGGUCCUGAGGUAGAUGAUGGAGGUUUCAACCCAGAAUGGGAGCAGCAACGAGACAGCAGGAUUGGGCCAAUGCAGUCAACCCGUGAAACACGAGCAGCAGUUCAGGCUCUUCCCGCUAAUUCCCUAGCAAGUGAGGAUCCAGAAGAGAGAGGAGUUAAGCUUGGCUUAGGAGAUUUCAUUUUCUACAGUGUUCUAGUUGGCAAAGCUUCAGCAACAGCCAGUGGAGACUGGAACACAACUUUAGCCUGUUUUGUAGCCAUUUUAAUUGGCUUGUGCCUUACCCUCUUGCUACUUGCCAUUUUUAAAAAGGCCUUACCAGCUCUUCCAAUUUCUAUCACAUUUGGGCUAGUUUUCUAUUUUGCCACAGACAACUUGGUGCAGCCUUUUAUGGACGAAUUAGCUUCCCAUCAGUUUUAUAUCUAGCACCUUUUCAGCUGACCACCUGCGGACAUUUUAUUGAAUUUAGCAAAUAAAGGAGGGAGAAACUAACUUCCCCUCAUUUCCUAAAACAGCUGCUAAGCUGGGCAUUACUGGAUUCUUCUUUGUAAAAAUGGUCUCUUCAACCGGUGGGUUUUCUGCCAUUUGACUGCAGUCAGUUGCAUCUCUUUCAAAGGACAGUCUGUAGAAAAGAUGCCAUUGUUCUCACCAGCAGCACGGAUUGCUCAGCCUGGGGUUCCACCUUGCACCAACCAAGAAUGCUGAGGAUUCAUCCACUGUUAAGCGGUAUGAUGAUAAAUCAAGCAGAACUGCCUGAGAAGUGAGGGUGACACCAUAACAGAAAACUAUCAGCUCUUGUUAGCCUGAGGCCACUCGGAGAAGAGCAAUUGGGAGGAAAGAAUGUUAUCUUGUUUAAAGGGGGGAAAAAAUCAAGCAAAUAAUGUCUUGCACUUUGUGUUAGUUUUUUUCUUUCUUUCCAAUUUAAUUGUCAUACUUGCGGAACAGCCUAUAUGCUCCUUGCCAGAUCAGCACAGAACACACACAUAGAUUCUUUUGCCAAAUUUUUUUUUGGGCGGGGGGGAAAUUGGGGGGUAAGGUAGGCAUAUCCUGGGAUCCUUUGUGUAAAAACAAAAUCUCAUUUCUUAUUAAGCUAUGUAAUCUAUUCCUAGAAAUCUCCCCUUUCUUAAAGUAUGCUGAAUAUCUUUUCAGCUUUCAAGUGAGUUUUAUAAUUUAUACCAACGAAGAGGUGAGAAACUAAAAACUAUCAAACCACAGAACAUUGCAAUGAAAUCUUGGUUUUUAAAAACAAAAAAAAACCUGAUUUCAUUUUUUGUUCUGAAACUUUUUAAAUAAAUCCUUGGGACCAUUUUAUUUUUUAAAAAUGUAUAUACGCAUGCAUGUUGCAAUAUAAAAUUAAAAAGAACGAUACGUACUAUUAACUGUCUCCCAGGCCGCAAUGAAGCCAGCCAUCUGCAUGAAAAGUACAUCUCAACUGAACAUACAUAUGGCAUUGUCAAAUAGGUCCUAUAAUUAUAACAUAGUUAUAUUUCAUUCAGAAAAAUUGUGGGAUGGGGGAGGUGGCACAGGAAGAGUAACUUAAUUUUACUGUACAAUACAUGUGUUCCUUGUUCAAAAUAUCAUUCCAGAAAUUUCCUAAUGGGGAUUUCUGUUGACGUCCUCCUUCACUCAAACAGACACACACACAAAAAAACCCAUCACCAAUCAGGUGCUUCCCUUGAAACCCCAUCGCAUAUAUUGCCUUUCCUUAUUCAACACAUGUUGAGAAUGUCAUCUUUUAGGCUUCAGAGGAAAUUGGAGCAGUUCUAUAUACCUGCCUAGCUUGUCCUAAAGCACCAAAUAGCAUCCAGCUACCUAUUACAUUCAGUCAAUAAAAUGAAUAAAAAUAAAAGAAUAAAAGUUAUCUGUUCGUGUACACCCACACAUAAUGUUAUGUUACUAUUUUGCUUGUACUGAUACUUACUUGAGCAUCUUUCUUUGGUUUAAGAAGCUGGGAUUGUAAAUAUGAGACUACCAAAGAAGACUGUCAAAGUCUGGUACUACUGCUAAGCUCAUCUGAGCACUAUUAUUGGCAUUGCAAGUCUGCAGUGCAACUGCUGAUAGUUUUAUUGCAGAGAUCGUUUGAGCCUGAUCAUCAUACAGGUUGCUUGUUAUCCACUCAUCUAACACUUCAGUAAGCUAUUACAGAAGUCCACAUAAGCUUUCCAUGAAUUUCAAAGAGCUUUUGAAAACAUAUUUAUAAUAAAAGUAGGAAUCUCCACUUAUUGAGCCAUUUUUCGGUCCUAAUUCUGAAGGUGUGAAACUGGCCAUUUCCCCAACAUAAUGUCGUCCUUGCAUUGUGGGAUUUUUAGAAUAUUGCCUGGGAGUUUUACUAACUGUAUUUCCAACACUUUUGGAAGGCAUCAGGUAGAUUCAGGCAUCCGUGGAUUUCAACAACAGCAUAGACUGCAAACACAGCUCCUGUGAUAGAAUGUUUCUUUGUGCAAACUGUUCUUUAUAUUUAGUAAAGUAAUAAUUUGGGGCAGAAUUGCCUCUUCUGGGCAUAUUCAUUUCAGUGAAUUUCGUGUUCUGCCAUACAGGUCAAAACACGUCAUGUCAAAUUUUGCAGAUGUGAGCUCACUAUCUCUUUGAGAACUGAAUCAUUGUCAUACAGAACCUAAAAUAUGAAGGUGUGUCUGCUUUACCCAAAAUUACAAGGGCCAGUGGAUCUUAACGAACAUAAUCAACCCUAAUAUUAAAUAACACCAAGUAUUCCCUGUGGGUUUUGAGUACACAUCUAAGAAAUGCAAACAGGUUCAGAAAAAAUGCAUGCUUGUUGCAAGAUGUUAAACUAGACUCAAAAAGCAAUCACUUUGGACAUUUAGCAAGUAUCAACUUGGUUACAAAUAAUUAUGACUCAAUUUUAAGCUUCCUGGAAAUCAGUUUAACUCUAGGUGGCAAUAGUUCGGACACAUUUAGACAUCAAUACCUUCUGAAAAGCCACUUUAUGUAGAUACUGUGUUGAUCAGGCCCAUAAGAGUUGCCUUAAGAAUCCCUUAAAGAGGAUAACUUCUGUUACCAUCAAAUUAUUUCUGAUGGUUAUGGGACUAUUUAACAGAAGCUUGCAAGUCAAAAAGUUUAAAAAAUUAUAACAUGAAAGCGAAAUUCUUGUACUUUUUUUCCCCCCAUUGGGCUUUAGAAAGAUUGUAAAUGAAAGCUAAGUUACUAUCUAUAGCAGGAUUUGAAAUGUCCUAAUUUUCAUUGUUUGAUAAACGAUCAGUGCGGUGUAUUCAAAUGCUAGUAAUUACCUAACUUCUAAGGGCUGUAGUAAGCUGAAAAAGCGGAAUAUUUUAGUAUAAAGCAUAAUUUGGAUGUCUUCACAAGGGAUGUUCCAGCUGAGAUUCUAUUGUACGUGUUGCUGAUGCAGCAAGAGAAACAGUAGAAUACGUUAGGGAAAGAUUUUUUAGGAAAGAUACAUGAAGACAGAUCACUUUUAUUAAUAAAUUACUUUUGCAGUGAUGCAUAAAGAUCAUCUACGAGACAUCUGUAGCACACAAACCUGUACAGAGGUGUGAUUUUGUCUAGUAUUACUCGUUUACAAGUAAGAAUAGUGAAAUGCAAUAGAAUUGGAUUUUUAGUCCUUUUUAUUUUGUUUUUCAGACACUGGUUUGUUGAUUAUACAAAAUGAAUGUGAAUUAGCUUUUUAAAAACAUCUUUUCAAGAUAUAAUUUUGACAAGUUGUUGCUAUUUUCCUUGUAUUUAUCAAUUAUUAAUAAAUAAAGCAUGAAUCCAG